UUAGAAAAAGGGUAUAUAUAUAUUUUUUCCUUGUACACUGUCUGUCAUCUUCACAAAACAUAUUUUGAUAUCAAACAUCUUAGAAAUGAUGUCACUUAUGUUGUUUCUUUACUUUUCUCUUCCUAAGAACAUGACCAUAGAUGACCUGCAGGAACGGUCAUUGGAGUCCAUUGACUGGGUGGUCAUUGUAGUUAAUGAGGUGGUUCUCCCGGCCAUAGCCUUGUACCAGAAGUCCAUAGACGACUUCUGCAUUGGGCAAGAUGAACGACCCCUCUCAUCAGUGUGCCUUGGGGAAUCUGUUACCUCUGGUAACACCAGCACUAGCCAGGGAUGUGCAGAUACGGAUAUUGUAUGUUUCACUCCUAGGUUCAGGAGGGGAAGCCCAGGGUUGCCUCCCCCCUCCUCCCAGGGGUCAGGUAAAAAACGGAUCCGGGGGGUUCUUAGGAUAAUUGCUAAAAAGUUCCACCUGCUGCUGAAGCUUAACUUGGAGCCUAGGUGUAGGCUUAUGGGCCGGCAUCUCCCAACGCUCCCCUCAGACAUGGAGGAUGAGCUCCAGAAUAGGGCAGCUAUGACUGUGGCUGUGAUUCUGCACAAUGUCCAGCUCUUCAUGGAGAGUGAUGAAGCUGGACCAUCCUCCCCUGGGGCUUUGUCCCUUCAAGGCCUUUACACCUCUGUCACUGAUUACUUGGUGUCCAGAAUGUCUAUGAUAUCCUCCAUGAUGUUCUGGAGCGCGUGUAGGAAAGCCAAGGAGAAGCUCCACGUUCUAACAUCAGGCAGUGACUGCAGAAUUUCUGGAGCAUCAAGGUACAACAUAUCAGAGUUGGCAGUCAACGUUUGUCGAGAGAUAAAGGAUGCAGCAAGCAAGGAUCUUCCCUUCUCUGGUGCUGUAAAUAGCUUCCCAGAGGAGAGAAUGGCAACCACGAAGAUGGGAGGUCUCAUAUUUGAGAGAGUUGAAGUCCCUGAUGCUCUUCCAAGCUUCACGCCAUCUCAAGGACGGACAGAGCAGGGAUGGAUGGUUGAGCACAUUGGCUCAGCCCUAAGUGAGGACACCUUGGACAACAUCACAAGCACUCCUUUGUUCCAGAACAUGGACUACAGCCCAGCUACCACGCCCUCAGAGGGAAGGGCCUCAACCCUGCACACUCUACAGGACACCAUAACUCUGACAGUCAUGGACCAUGCCCUCUUCACAUCUGGAUUGGCGAGCCAAAGUGAGUUCCUCUCCAAAGAGAAGGAACUGGAGCUGGUCAGGGUGGUCAUUGGAAUUCUCAUUGACCAGACUGGUGCCCUUCACUGGGAUAAGACCUGCAUCUCUGCUGAGUCGUUGGUUGACAAAGUGAUAGUGGCCUGUAACAUUGUCAUGGUUAUCCUAAGAAAUUACUAUACAGCCCACGACACAAUUAUUAAAGAGGAUGAGGGCAUGCAGGAGCUCCUGGACCCCAACAUCGAUGGCUACCCCCUGCUGGUACAGUGCCUGAGCCACACCUUAGUGGGAGAUGUGGCCUGUGAGCUGGAGGUCAUGAGGGCUCAGCCUCAGGUCAUCCCAAUCUGGUCCACUAUUAUUGAAGCAGAGCUGGGGAGGGCUAAGGGAAGGGACUCCCAUGAAGCCUUCAGUGAGGAGUCCCUCCCUAUCAUCACGCAGAGGCCUGUGGAGGUGCAGCAGGCCAGCAGCCCUGCUAAGAAAAUGGACGAUACCCAGCCUCCCAUCAGUCCCAUUUUAGCCAGGUCUGAGCUUGACAGUAACAGCAGUGGCAGAAGAAGCCAGAACUUAGACAGAGAUGCAGGCGUUACAGCCGAUAACAUCUUUGAUGUCAUUGUCAGGCUGGUCUAUGCUGACAGUAUCAGUGCAGAUGAUUGCGGGUUGUACAAUCCUGCAGCUAUGCUCCUGGGACAGAUCCUGGCCUCAAGUAGGCUUUGUAACAGGAUAUUCCGGGGUAAGAUCCAUUUAUUUUCUAAAGAGAUGAUCUGCCGGGUGUACCAGUUGCUCCUGGACACCAAGAUGGGCCGGGAGACAGCAUACCGAAAAAGCGGGUCGGAGCCUGUUCUCAAAGAAAUGGCGGCCAACCCUAGGCUCUCCAAAAAGUUCUUCACGGACCUGAUCUAUUUUAUCAUAGAGCGGGCAAUGAAGAAUCUGGUGGAAAACUUAUUGGGCUUGCCACAUACCCCACCAGAAGAAGCACUACAGUUGAAUGACAACUUGGCAACCUCAUCCAGUGAUGAGUCACUGCAUAGCGACAACACCUGGUCGUGUGGGUUGUGGGGCACUCUGGUGAGGGAGAGCUCCCUGGACAUGGACUCCUCUAGCUCUUUAAACCAGGACCACUGGGAGGCAGUAGGGACCAUCUGCCAGGUCCUGAGCACCAGGGUGGAAGACAUCCUCCAGGAGACCUGCGACAACCCUAAAAAAUCCAGGGACAGCAUCCAGAAAGGAUUGGAUUCUGGGGCUACGGCCAAGGUCCCUGACGUGACCAAUGAGGAGGGCUGUGUAGGGAGUCCCACUCCAGUGGUGGACCAACCCUCACAUCAGCUAGAGAGGAUAUUCAGCCGCUCCCUACUGUCUGGGCCCUCCAGCUCAGCCAAGGCAGCAUUGGGAGCCCCUGCCCAAAAGGUGGAGGAAGUGAGAAUUGCUUCUCCAUAUAUCCGAGAGGCCAGGCAGGACAUGCUGGAGAAAGCUCCCUCCAUCCUGCAGGAAGAGAGCCUGGCUAAGGAGGACAUUCAGCUACGCUUGGCCCACGGGGUGACUUACAUCAACUCAGAGACCCUCAGAGACAUUGUGCAGGGGAUCAUGGGUCACCUGACAUUCAUGGAAUCACUCCCAGCUGGGAGUGUGAAGGCUCCUUUCCAGCUCCAGUCGAUGCUCUUCGACAACAUACGGCAUGUUCUGAAGUAUAUGGCUGGCAUUGUCGUUGUAUUCAGCCAACAGGAGAGCAUUCAGUUUAGGGGUGAUGAUGCAGUGGCCGCCAUUGUGGAGGCUUCUGCUGAUAGACUAUCACUAGGGGCAGAGGCAAACAGUGCCCAAAUGCACAAAAGUUGUGAGAUUGCCAUUCAAUGCAUGGCUGAGACCAUCGCAUGCAGCAUUUGUGAUCACGCUGAGCUCUGGAAGUGGGAGGCAAGGAGCUCUGGAAGUGGGAGGUAUACCCCCAGCCUCGAGGUAAGUGACAGCACUGUCUCUGAGGAGCUCCUAGACAAUAGGGAAGACCUGGAGGCUCCAGCAGAGAUGGCUGAAGAUGACACUGGCUCAGAGAAGACCAGUGUCAGAUCAGAGAUCUUUGAAGAUGAUGCUUGCUCAGAGAAAACCAGUGUCAGAUCAGAGGUCUUUAAAGACUACUGUGGUUUGGAGACAGACCACCACAUGGCCGACCAGUCACUGGAGACCAACCAGUGUCUACUCAGGGCUGGACAGAGUGCCUUCUCACAGAAGGUGAAUGAAGAGGCUGUGGAGACAGGACCCGAGACAACAGGACAGGGGAAAAACGAAAAGAAGAAAUCCUCUAAGAACAAAGGAGAAAUAGAGGGAAAGAAACCAUGUAAGAGAAAAGUGGCUCCCCUUGGCUCUGAUGGUGCAGUGGCUGUAGAUGAGAAAAGGAAGAAACCAUCUCUCCUCCAGCACAUCUGCAAUGCCUUUGCAAGGGUCUUUUGCUUCUCCCACAAGAAAAAUAGUAGAUUAUUUCCCUCUAAUGGAGUGAGAGCUGUGCCUGCACGACUUUUUAAGGCAGCACCUCAACUCCUGUUACCAGUCCCUCUGCUUACAGUCCUACAAUAAAACAUAUUU